GUUCACAUGAAUCUGGGGCAACAUCCUUGCACUUCACAAGCCGCGUCUUCUACCUUGCGCGCAUCAUUUCCUCACGCCUUUAAAAGUUCCCACCUCCCGCCGAACAGACUCUCUCGGCCCCGCGGCUUCUCCUCGUCACUCGGUUCUGCAGCCCAGCUACGGCUUCGAGAGAUGUCGUCGUCGCCAAACCACAAGUCUCCCGCGGCCGGGGACGCCGGCGCGCAAGCCGAUGAUAAACCGCGUCUCACCGAAGAAGAGAAGAAGCAGAACCACAUCGCAUCAGAGCAGAAACGCCGGCAGGCAAUCCGCGAGGGCUUCGAUCGCCUGACCGAACUGGUGCCUGGACUGGAGGGCCAGGGCCGCUCCGAGGGCUUGGUCCUCAAGCGCACGGUGGACUACAUGCGCGAGCAGCUUGUAGAGCGGCAGGCCAUGAUCGAGCGCAUCGAGCAGGCCGGCGGUGGUGUCGACGACAAGCUGAAGAGAGCGCUGUACCAGCAGGCGGGAUCGGGCCAGAGCCGAGCGAGGGGAUGAGCUCUGCAUCGUGACGGCUCUAUCAACUCUUAGACAUUGCGGACCAACGCUUUACGAUAGGGAUGAAGGAUCGGGCACCAGCUUGGCCUCACGACAUGCCACCCGCGCUCCCGCCACCACUACCAGCGGCGCCAAGGGACGGCGCGAUACAAGGCGAAGCACAGUCGCGCCGCGCAACUCUGCGCUCCUGGGGAUGGGGGAGAGAGGACAAUUGGGAGAGGACUUGUAUCUACGUUGGCCCCCCAAGAGGGAGAAGGGAAGUACACCUAUCU